AUGGUACAAGUAGGCUGGGGCUGGGCUGAAGGUGUGAUGGAGAUGUGUGGUGGAUGUUGUGGAGGCCAGGCAGAGGAGGAUCGGAGGAAGGAUGCGCAAAAGCCGGGCAACGGGUAUAUGCUGCUAUUACUUGUUGAUGAUGAUGAGGAUGAUGAUGAUGAUGACGAGGCGAUGGCAUGUAAGGGGUCGGAGAUAUACUCGAGCUUGACUAUGUAUGUACCUAUGCGGUUCCGCAGUGUGAAAACAGAACAGCCCGGCUACGUACGAAGAGGGAACAAAGGGAUCGUGGACGUGCGCUCUCGCCUCAAUGACGGGACGGUCCUGGAGGAGGGAAUCGGGAGGUCGAAGGGUCUGGGAUGCGCCGCGAUCACUAUUCAGUCAGAAUUGAUGGAGAUGGUUUAUCGGGUCAAGUUCCUGUUCGGAGGUUUCAGAGCAAAACUGGACGACGGGAUGUCAACCUGGUCGGAGAAUGGGUCCGUUCCUGCAGCAGCAGAAGCAACAGCAACAGCAACAGCAGCAAGCAGCAGCACGAUGCGUGUGGGAGGGGAGGGGAGGUGGUCGGACGUGGUCGAUUUUGGGCAGGAUACUACGAAACCGACGUUGACGGGAUGGAUGGGGGGAGUCGGUCGGUUAUGGAGCGAGUUAGGUAGGUUCCCUGGCUUGGAGUUUCUGUUCUGCAAUUCUGGAGUCCAGUCCAGUCCCUUUGCCGGAGUCUGUGAUGAGGAACCGAAGGGAGCGGGACCAGGGGGUGUGUGUGUGGACUUUCCACUUGACGGGAUUAGUAGGGAGAUGGAGACACGCAGGGCAGGCAAUCGGGGCGCCGGGCAGCUUGACGACGGACGACGAGACUACAAGUACACUAGGUUAGCGGCCGGCUCUGUUAACGUUAUGCUAACAGCGGAGACUUGUCUUCACGCCGACUGGGCCCGCAGAUAG